AUGGUAAAAAUUAAAAAAGCAAAUUAAUAAUAAAAUGAAAUUCAGCGAAGGCGGAAUCUCCCAGGCAGACACCACCAAAUGUCUGUGACUCCCCACCUUCUUAAGACCACUGCGACCAGGCUCUCCUGCUCACUUGCUCUCACUUCCAAAUCCCGUCGUUUGUCUUCUUCCGCUUUUGCCCCUCGCACUCUCCUCAGGCUCUGGCCGAGUUCCAACUCGGUCUCUCCUCUUACAGCCAGGGUACUCUCAACUCUUAACGUCGCCAUGGGGGACGCGCCUGACGCCGGCAUGGACGCUGUCCAGCGACGCCUCAUGUUUGAGGACGAAUGCAUUUUGGUGGAUGAGAAUGAUUCUGUAGUUGGUCAUGAUACCAAAUAUAACUGUCACUUGUGGGAAAAAAUUGAAUCCGGAAAUAUGCUACAUAGAGCUUUCAGUGUAUUUCUGUUUAACUCAAAAUAUGAGUUGCUUCUUCAGCAACGUUCUGGAACAAAGGUAACAUUCCCUCUUGUGUGGACAAACACGUGCUGCAGCCAUCCAUUAUACCGUGAAUCUGAGCUUAUUGAGGAGAAUGCCCUUGGUGUAAGGAAUGCUGCACAAAGAAAGCUCUUGGAUGAACUGGGUAUUCCUGCUGAAGAAGUGCCAGUUGAUCAGUUCAUUCCAUUGGGCCGCAUGCUGUACAAGGCACCUUCCGAUGGCAAGUGGGGGGAGCAUGAACUUGAUUACCUACUCUUCAUUGUACGAGAUGUUAAUGUUAAUCCAAACCCCGACGAAGCAGCGGAUGUUAAAUACGUGAAUCGGGACGAACUGAAAGAGCUGUUGAGGAAAGCAGACGCUGGUGAGGGAGGUUUGAAGCUGUCCCCAUGGUUCAGAUUAGUGGUGGACAAUUUCUUGUUCAAGUGGUGGGACAAUGUUGAGAAAGGGACUCUGAAAGAAGCUGCUGACAUGAAAACCAUUCACAAGUUGACUUGAAAAUCUUACAAAUUCCACUCUGCACCAGGGUUUUGCCAAUACCUUUGAAAUAAUCAAUAAGGCAUGAUGUUGCUGUCGCUGUUGUGUUGUGCUUAUUUUCUGUUUUGUCAACGUUUACAGCAUGGUAACUGCUGCGUUGUAUUUCCCAAGUGGGUGAGACUUUUUUGUUUACAAUUUGGCCUCGGCCUCAUAAUUUAAGAAACUUUCGGUAAUGGGUCC